AGAUGGACACUGCAACUCGUGUACUAUAGUCAGAAUCUAUCUAGAAAAUGAAUGUCGACGACAUCAAAAGUAAGGUUUGUUAUCUAAUCGUAUUUUUUCAAGAAAUAUAACGUAUUAAGUUAAUAGUUUUGGCAUUUCCGGAAGAAUAAGUUAUAUAUGUUUAAUUUAAGUUGAAAAAUUUAUGAAUUUUUACGGGCAAUAACUGUAUCAGUAAACAACAAAAUAUCGCUCCAUUUUUUUUUGAUGAUGAAAGAAAAUUUAUACAACAGGUUUAAAAUGAGGAUUUCUGCAGAAAAUAAUAGAUAGUAGAACAUGUCGCACCAGGGCUUAAAUAAUUCCCACUAUAUUCAAAGCCUACAAGCAAGGGGAACAUCAAAUGAAACGUACGAAACUCCAUAUCUUUAUACAAAAUAUGAAGGCGAGCAACCUAACGAACAAAAGCAGUGGUUUCUGAAUACUAUGGCAGCAUGCCCUACUCAACCGAGUAUUUCGUCUUUGUUGCAAACCACUACGAGAGAUAAUUAUCUACAUCCAGCUGCCGCCAAUCCGGGUUGUCAAGGUAAAAUUGACGACUCAAAAGGCCGUAAGAGAAAACUUUCGGGACAACCAUUAGAUUUGACUGUUAGUAACCGAUCUGACGUAAUUGACUUAUCAAGUAAACGUCAAGCGACUGGGACAGAAUAUAAUUAUCACUUUGGUGUAAGAGCAACUGAGCCUCCUAUACCAAAACAAAUGACGAAACCCGCUGUUUGUGUACCCGAUAACAGAAUAUCGAAUGCCCCUUCAGACAAAGGAAUGGAAAGCCUCUUUCAUUUAGUCAUUGAUAACAGAUUGUUAAGAGACCAGCCAAUUGUGGGUAAUCGAUUACAUGAGCUCUUUCAAGGCCCUGCUGACUUUCGUGAGGAUCCACCCUUAACAAGGCAAUUAAAAGUGGUAAACUCAAAAAUGUACUCUAGUAGGGAACAUAAAAGUUUACUUGAGUGUGUCCAUUUUCCAUUACAAAACCCAUAUUUGCGUAGAGUUUUUGCAAUUCGUUUCAAGAAUAAGUGGUAUUGUUGGUUAAGUUUAAUAGCCGCUACACUCCAUGUUGAUUAUGAAAAUUUAGAGAAAUCUCUUACUCGUGUGGGUCAAAGUGAAUUAGUUAAACCACAUCCAAUUGUUAAUAAAAUGCUUCAAUGUUAUCUUGAAUCUGAACACAAACCCACCUAUGUGCCUUCUCGCCUGGUUAAUGGUAAUCUGAUAGCACUAGAGAGCAUCACUUCUGAAGUAUUCACACAAUUUUUGCAGAACUGUAUCGAAAAAGCUAGAUAUCAGAGAAAUUCAGCUUUACAAUCAUACAAGGCUCAGGCAUCGGCUCCCAAAGUGUCUACAGCUCUUACGCGACCUAUUCUACCCAAGAACAAUGCUAGUUGUACAACCACGAGUGCACCGUCUCCCCCACCUGCAACUUCAAAGUUACAACAAACUAAAGAAGCCGAUGAAGGGCCAAAGCCACAAACCCUUACUUUUCGCGACCGAACUUUUUAUUAUGUAAAGCGCGGUGCUUCAAAAUUUAUUUCAAAACAGCACCUAUAUGAUAAGCUUUUCAAAGACAGUGAUAGUGGACGUAAUUAUAAUAAGUUCUCCAAGGCAGUUAAGUCGGCUGGUUUUGUACUGAGAAAUUCAAGCAAGCAAGAAGAAGAAUUGCUAAAGGAGCCUGAGGAUCACCUACAAUCCCAUAGACUACUUCUCUUAACUGAUUUAGAAAAGAAUUUUGACAAGCUGUUGUCUUAA